CACUUAAAGGCACGUUACUACGAUUGCUGCCCUACAGUGCACUUCGAAGCAAUGCAGUUGACGGUUACAAUCGAGUGUGUUGCUCCUGUUUGAGUUCGACGACGACGUUUAAAAAAUAUAAAAGAAUUUUAACUAAAAACCAAAAUAAUAAUAUCGAAUUUUUCACCAUACCCCCAAAAAUAAGACUGUCAGAAAAAGCUCAUCAAAUUUUAAGCUAUUUAGUUGUCUCUUUUCUUGUUCGUUGUUGUUGUUGUUGAGAAUAAAUUCGCGCAUAGAACUCUUAAAACAAAUUGAAAAAUUAUAAAUACUACUUGUGAGGCAUACCAUAAAAUGGGUUGUCGUUGUGUAACAGUUCGCGAAGAGUUUGCCACACGAAUGUCGUCGCCCUCGAAGAUCAGAAGCUCUGUCCGCAGAAGCGGCAGCGGCACGCCAAAAGUAAUCGCGUUCGGUAACGUCUUACUCGAUGCAACGGUCCAGCUAAAUGAUCUGGAAAUUCUCAAGCGUUACAAAUUGUCAUUGGAUGCCAAGGGCGAAAUCGAUAUCCAGACUUUGACAAAAAUUUCGGAGGAAAUUUGUGGCAGCUUGAUGGCACCAGUGAACUGUGGUGGUUCCGCUCUCAACACAACACGCAUAUUAAAGCAGCUAGGGACUGAUUGCUUAUUCUUUGGGGCCGUUGGCGGAGACCCACUGGCGGACUUACUGAAGGGUAUCCUCAAAAAGACGGGCGUCCAUGCAAGCUUGGAAGUCAUUCCCGACGAUUCGACGGGACAAUGUGUUUGCUUUGUCUAUGGACGCAAGAACGCCCUCUACGCCAAUGUUGGAGCAUCAUCAAAAUUCAGCCUUGAAUACCUUAAACACGCCGAAAUCCAAGAAAAGCUUCUGCACAAAAGUAAAAAGCGCCAAAUUUUCUACCUCGAAGGUUUCUUCCUGCCCCAAAAAACCGACGUAGUCCGACACAUCGUUCGAAACUACAUUGGCGAGAGAAAAAUCUUAGUCCUCAAUCUCAGCGCACCAUACAUUAUCGAAGAGAAUUUCGACAUAAUGACGUUCCUAGUGCACAGUGCCCAUGUGGUGUUCGGUAAUCGAGAUGAAUUUACGACUCUUAGUAAAAAAUGUGGAUUUCGUUCGAUUGAAGAAUUUUCCAAACAAGAACUGACUCAAAAACCCUCGACAGUAUUCGUCAUCACGAAUGAUAAACAAAAUGUUUUACUUAUUCGAAAUAAUGGAACUCGUGAGGCACCAAUGGUGGAAUUUGAUUCGUUUGCAGUGCCAAUGGUUAAAGUUGUUGAUUCGACGGGGGCUGGAGAUUCUUUUGUGGCUGGAUUUUUGCAUUCGUAUUUGAAGGGAUGUCCGCUGACAAAAUGCAUUCAACAUGCCAUAGCGGUAGCUAGUUUAGUUGUUCAACAAGUUGGAUGUAAUUUACCCUAAGAUUAAAAAUUUAUUAAGUUAUGCAAAAACAAAAAAAAUUAAUUAAGUUUUAGUAGUACAAAGUUUGUAGAUGAUUUAAAUACGAGUGGACUUUACAAUAAUUUUAUACCGAAGUUCGUAGAAUUUUAAAAAUUUGCAUAAGUUUAUUUCAAAAAUCUUCAUAAGUUUAUUUAAAACAAAAAUAUAAAAUCGACUAUUUUCAAGAAAAUGGUUCGUCGAGUUUUGUAGAAAAUAGAUCCACUUUAAAUUUAUUAGAAACUAUUUUUUAAAUACACAACAAACCCAGCUUUUUGCUCCAAAAUCAAAGCUAAAGGGCUUUGUUUUCCUGUUAUAAUAGACUUUUAAGUAGAUACAUAAUGUACUGAUAAUUUAAAUUAUAUUCCUGUAUCACUUUUUACAAAAUAAGUUAUAAGGAUUCCACAGUGAAACGCACUAUAAAAAAAUAAACAUUGUCAACUUAAUUUCAUUAUUUAUAGCGAUACAUAAUUCUCGAAAAUUUAAGUUAAAAUUAUUUUAUUUAAUAAAUAAGCACCGAUUUUUUAUACAUAGAA